CGUGAUACAUAUCGUUAGCCUCAUAGCAUAAUUGCCCUAUUUUAAGGUUCAUCUUGUAUUUAGCGUAAGAAAUCGCUAAGUCAAAUAGAUGACUUAGGCAGUGCGUGAUUAUAUAAUGUAAAAAGCACUCUGAUUGGCUUAGGAUAUAGUGCAAUUACGAAUCACUACUAUAUAGUUCAAUAUGUUGCACAGUGGAACAGCAGCGCUGGCUAUCUCGCUGUGUUUUCCUAUGGGGCUCAGCAUUUGUGCUGAAUGAAUCGGCUAAAAUAAAUGAAAAUUAAAUUAGCAAAAGAUAGGUUGGUUAACUUUGCAGGACGUUGUGAAGGUUUGGAUAGGCAAUCCGUUUCUUAAACCAUUUCAACAACAUUCAAAAUUACUUGCAAUAUAUUGGAGAAAUGCUCGUGUGUGGAUGUGGUGGUUGAUGGAGAUUGCUAGGAAGGUGGUUCUGAGUGGCCCUGACUCCUCUCCCUCUGAGAACCGUGCCAUUUCAUUCAUCUGCCGCUAGAGGGCGGUCUUGCCGGUUAGACCGUCAAACGACACAUAACAAGGAAGUAGCUAUGUUUUGGGGGGAGGUUUCAAAGCGGGCUCCUCGUCUGAUUAGACGUUGUAUUCUUUACUGAUUAGAGCAUUCCGAUUGUCAGAAUCAUGAGCUCUUUUGCGGGUCGGAUGAAGGAGUAUCCAACCAUUUCGCUUGACCGCUUCGAUAAGGAAAAUUUACAUGCACGGGCAUAUUUCCUCUCUCAUUGUCACAAAGAUCACAUGAGAGGACUUAAAGGGCCAUUCUUAAAGAGGAAACUUAAAUUCAGUCGAACUAUCAAACUCUACUGUUCAUUUGUUACAAAAGAACUUCUGUUGAGCAAUCCCAAAUAUGCCUUCUGGGAAGAGCGCAUUGUUCCCUUGGAGCUGGACAGCCCCACUCAGAUCUACCUGGUGGACGAAGCAUCAGGAGAGAAGGAAGACCUCCUGGUGACGCUCCUGACCGCCGGCCACUGUCCGGGCUCUGUCAUGUUUCUGCUGGAAGGGUCCAGGGGGAACGUUUUGUACACGGGAGACUUCCGGCUGGCCGAGGGGGACGCCUCUCGCAUAGAGCUGCUGCACUCCGGGACCAGGGUGAAAGACAUCCAGAGUGUAUAUCUGGACACCACCUUUAUGGAUCCCCGCUUCUACCAGAUUCCUAGUCGGGAGGCCUGUUUGAGUGGGAUACGAGAACUGAUCGGUAACUGGAUCAGCAAGAGUGCCUACCACGUUGUGUGGCUCAACUGUAAAGCUGCUUACGGAUACGAAUACCUGUUUACCAACCUGGGAGAGGAGUUCAAUACUCAGAUCCACGUGAACUGUCUGGAAAUGUUUAAGAAGAUGCCCGAGAUUCUGAGCUAUCUGACAACGGACCGAAGAGUGCAGAUCCACGCCUGCCGUUACCCCAAGAUGGAAGAUUUUAUGCCUGGCAACCGGUUGCCGUGCGGCUCGGUUGCCCCCGACGGCACACCGCUUCACAUCAUCAGCAUCAAACCGUCCACCAUGUGGUUCGGAGAGAGGAGCAGGAAGAGCAACAGCGUCGUCGUCAAAACGGGAGGCAGUUCCUACAGAGCUUGCUUCAGCUUCCACUCGUCCUACUCUGAGCUCAAGGACUUCCUGGCUUACCUCCAGCCAAUCAACAUCUAUCCCAGUGUGAUACCUCUCGGACGCACCCUAGGAGAAGUCACCGAUUUGUUGAGGCCCCUCUGCAGGAACCAGGCGUUGCAAGCAGUGUUCUUAUACAGACCCCUAGGAGAGCUGAAACGCACCCGGGCAGAGAAACCUGUGUACGAUUCUGACAGCGGUGACGGGCUGUUUGAGGGUUCGAAUUUAGCCCCAAUGAGGAAGAAGAUGGCACUGAACCAGGAAGAGAAGGACCAUGUGAAGGAGGGGAGCACUUUGAGGGACAUCCCUGUAGCAGAGGAACCGUUUCCCCUGAACGACCACGCCGCCACGGCCUCCCUCUCCACGCUCGGCUACAUAGACUGCACCGAGUCCAACGACGAAGAGGACGGCGACGAGGUGGAGGAGGAGGAAGAGGAGGCGGGGGACGACGGGGAGACGGUGACUAAUCCCGCCCUCGAAGCAGAGUCCGGAAAGGAGGCGGACGAGGAGGUGGGAGAUGAACGGCGGACGACGGGAGUCGCGGAGGGGAAGGGCGGAGUCGGGGCUGUGGACCGAGCCGCGGGCCCGCCGCGUCCGAAGUGGGACGACUUCUUCACGGCGGACGCGCUGCCCGACAGCCAGGGCAGCCUCACCAGCCUCUCCCAGUCCUGCUGCUCGGCUCGGAGCUCGUCCUCCCCCUCCAGGCUGACCGGCUCGCAGACCCCGGAGCUCUUCAGCGACGCCGAGAGCGCCGACGAAGCCGUCGACGGCGCGGGAAGAGGGGCACCGGUUCCCCUCAAUCGCCGGCCCAAGUCACCGAUCCAUCCCGUCGGACCGGACCGCGGCACGGCGCCUUUGCCCGACACCUUGAUCCUCCUAUCCAAGCCACAGCAGCAGGAGGAGGAGGGCAGGGCAGGGGUCCGUCCAUCGACCAAUUGCGGGUCUCCGAGGGAGAUGGGAGACAGCCGGAGCGUGCAGACGGGGGAGCGGGCGGAAUUGCCAGACUCUCAAGCGUCGUCGGACUUUGACAUCCCGUGCACGCCAGAGUCCCAAGCGCCCAAACAGGAAGAGCUCUCUGCGCUCUACAGGACAUUGGCCUCCGGGGAGGAAGUGGCCGUCUUCAGGAAAGGAAGUCAGGGUUCAAUGUGAUUUGGCGUUCCAUUUGGGAGGGUUCGAGGUGCCAUCGCCUCAUUUUGAGGCGAUGUCACCGCGUGGCUCCUCACCGCACUCGAGUUAGGCUUUUAUAAGCGUAGGAGUUUUUCUGAAUAGCUCAUUCAAAUGUCAAAGCUAUGCCUCGACGGUGUUAGACCUCAGUAUUAAACCUCCAUGUUGUAUAGUGUCUGGUUGGGUCCAAAAUGAGAAAUGCACACGCACACUCACACAGAUAGACAGGGGAAGGAUACACUGAGGACCAAAGGGUCUCAUCCAAUGUUCAUGUUACACUUAAUAAGACACGCAUACAUUCACACUUGUUGCCAACAUUGUAACCCUAUUCAGUUUACCUGGAAACCCCAGAAAUCUAGUGGGUAAUAUUUGAUUACGUAUGCUUUGCACCCAUAUGAAGCACUAAAUGAUUCGGUACAUUUCAGGAAUAACCUUAAUCUGUCAAACCAUCCAUGUUGCAGCAAUUUAGUGGUCCUUCUUUGGUGUUUGACUUUCACUGCCGUUGAUCUCUGAACCUGAUUGCAAAUGCAGCUUAACAUAUGGCUGCAACUCCAUCUAAAUGGCUCCCUUCAAUCUGUAGUGUUGGUGCACCUGCUUGAUACACCGAACUCCCUGCCACCUCAAAAUGACAGUUCGGGGUAAGACCUGCAAUGUGUGUGCGUGUGUGUGUGUGUGCGUGUGCGUGUGCGUGUGUGUGUGUGUGUGUAGGAUGGCACCGUCUGACUAUCUUUUAAGUCAUGUGAAUGUUUUUCUUUUUGUUCUUAAUUUGUCUUGUCUAACUUAUUCAAGGUCUGAAAUACAGCUCUU